AUCCCUGAGUUGACCCAGAAAACAAACUCCUCUGACUGCCGAGACGCUGCAGAGUUUGCAUCCGCCGCAGGGCUGCAUGAAGCCGGAGCAUCAGCUGGAGAAACAACCGCGGCACUGAUCCAACUUCUCCGUACGGAUUCGACAUUAAUACAUCGGGGGAAUAGAGGCCAUGGCUGAACACAUGAUGAUGCCCAUGACCCACGGCUUCAGGAUGGGCAUGAAUGGACCUCCACAGCACAACGGCCAGCCUGGCAUGCGCCCCCUGCCCAACGGCCAGGUGAUGCACUAUGGCAGGAACCCUCAAAACAACAUGGAAGCUGCCAUGAGACAGCGGCAAGGCAUGGUGGGACCCGGCAUGAUGGCCGGCCCUGUGAACGGCGCUCCCAUGGCUAACCACCACCACCAGAUGAUGUCUGGGAACAUGAUGUACAACGGCCAGGGUCCUCAGCAGCAGCAGCACCACCACAUGCACCCUCAGCAGCAGCAGCAGCAGCAGCAGCAGCAGCAGCAAGGUGGACACCCACAGCAGUACCUCCCUGGUAACCUCACCUCUCAGCAGCUUAUGGCUAGCAUGCACCUGCAGAAACUCAACACUCAAUAUCAUGGACACCCACUGGUUUCAGCCAAUGGCCACCACAUGCCCAAUGGUGCCCAGUACCGGGUGGGUCCGGCCCAGCUAUCGGGCAUGCAGCACAUCGGCGGCCCUUUGGGACUAAACGGCAUGGACAUGGAUCUGAUUGACGAAGAGGUUCUGACCUCUCUGGUGCUGGAGUUUGGGUUGGAUCGCGUUCAGGAGCUGCCGGAGCUCUUCUUGGGACAGAAUGAGUUUGACUUCAUAUCAGACUUUGUGUGCAAACAGCAGCCGAGCACGGUGAGCUGUUGAGCGAAGCGCCCGGAAGCUGGUUGGGUUUGUUUGGACUGGACACCCCAAAGAAUGACUGAUCGGUCACAGUAGCACAGCGAGAGGAGACAAUCUCUCUGUUCUGUUUGGGUGUUUCUGUGUCUGUGUAUUUGACAGUGUCUAGUACGCCUUCACACUGACCUGCCUGCAAGUUGAUGAAGAAUUGUAAAGAGAGAAAUGCAGCAAAAGCUCAAGGUUUCUCCUCUUUGAGCCGGUGCCAGUAAGAUCUGUCGUCUUUGGCCAAAUUGAGGCAUCCUGAUGCAGCGGGCUCUGUCUGUACCCAUCUGGCCCUCAGCACAUGUGCCUGCAUUGCCAAGGCUUUGGGAUAAUUGUAAACUUAACAAAAGCAACGGGGGAAGGCCUGAAAAGACUAUCCAUCUGCUAGAUUCUGUGGCAUCUCUAAAUGUAUUUUAUCUCUGAUGACACCUUCAAAUAGUAGCAGACGUUUUACAAAUUUAUAAAAGGUAGUCCUCUGAAUUUGCUCAAACAAGGAUGAAGGGAUUUUUUCUGACAUGCAUAUUGAAGGCUGGCUCUUCAAAACUACUAGUUCAGAAAAAAAUUAACACAUUUCCUUGAAGACAGGAGAGCGAGGUUGUGCAGGAUUCCUGGGUGGCAUGAUAGGGUUUAGAUUGGUUGGGUGAAGUGUGCUUCAUUGAUUGUUUAGCUUUCAGUGUCAUUUACCUGACUCCGAUUAAAUCUGCUAUCAUUAAAUGUAUCGCAUCUGUUCCCUGCUAAUUAACUGUGAUUGAAUCAUUGGCAAAGUAGAGCAUUGCUUAGAUUGUCAGCUUAAACAAAGCAUUUAUCUGUAGACAAUGGCCUGGAAGUCUCUCUGCUCCGAGACAUUUAUAUGCUCAUUGCAAGCUAAUUUGGGGUUACUGCUUAAUAGUAUUGCAAGAACUGUUGGGGAGAGAGAAACAUGUUAUUGUAUGAGAAACACCAUAAUUGUGGCCUGUUGCAAGAUCCAAGAAAAACCAAACAAAAAAGCAGCCAUUAGAGUUGGGUUGAUUUCCAGUUUUGCCAGUCCGGUCUGGUCUAUGAGUUUAAACAGGUUUGAUAUUAUGCCAAAUGGCAUUUGUCAUGAUGAAACUUUCUGGCAAAUUAAAAAGUCCAACUUGUAUUUGUGUUUCCCACACAUAUGCCACCAAAGUAUAUCUAGCAUCAACGCCAUCUGCGGAGAAACACAGAGAAAAAGACGUUCUCUGAUGUAACAGUUGAAGACGUGGACAAAGUGCAAUAUGACAACGUAAUGAACACAAUAUUAUGUUUGUUUAUAAACACAACAUGGGAUGACAGGACAUUAUGUAAACAGUUUGGACUCACUCUCUGCGACACUCUCAGUCUCAUUAUGUUCCACUUGGGAGCGGCUGCUGAGGCAAGUGCGACACCUAGUGGUAAAAUGGGGCAUUUGGUUUGGUGGUUAUCUGAAUAUCAAACCGGUUUGAAAAUGUUUACAUCAACCCAACCUAGCAGCCAGGGUGAAGGUGCUGGUCACAGAUCUGAUGUGGGAUUUUAUUCUAAAAGAGGAUUUGUUAAAAAAAAAAAAAAAGAAGGAAAAAAAAAGAAGUGCGUGAUUGCAGAAUUUGCAUCUGUGUUGUUUGUGUUCAGUCUGUGUGUGGUCAGUGCAGUGAGGCAUUACAACCCAUUGAAUGGCGUCCUCCUCUCUAAACCCAUGGUCCUGUGUGCUGAAGGUGAUUGGAGGCUGAGCGGGCAGAGAGGGGACAGAGAUUCUAAUGUGUGGACACAGCACUCCCCAGCACCACUUAGUUUAAUCAUUAUUUAAAUCUGCUACCUGUGGCAUUGAUUUCAUUCGGCAGUAGAAGCGAGUCAGGAGCACUAAGCGUGCAAAGUUGUUGUUUUUGCCACAGAUUAGCUUACUCUGCUGCUUUUCUACUGAUUAGAUUUAAAUUACAUGUUCUCACACGCUUGUCUUAAUUGAGGUCGGCUUGCACAUUCUCCAAUGACUCAAUAAUUAUAAAACGGACAUGUUCUGUGGCGCUUUUUUUUUUUUUUGCGCAGUUGGUAAUUAGGUUUUUGUCAAGGUUGCCACUGCAGGCUGGUUGAGAGAGAACUUCCUGCACACGUAAUGCUAUUUGUGGAGCCGUCAGAGAGGUCAGGACUGCGCUAGUGCACUGUGUUAAACUGUUCCAAUUCAACUGUGCUGCUGUCCCGUCUCUCUGGAGAUCUGCCAUCUCCAGGCUCUUGAGUCAAACAGUGGGAUCUGAAACACUGUUGUGAAGGCAGAAAAGUGCCAGCGAGUUUGUGCUCUGUUUCACUUUCAGCCUGGCAAACUCAUAAACAAGUCACAGUGAAAAUGGAAAUACUUCUGGCCUUAGCGAGACAGUGGCCUCUGAUAACUGCUAUAUCAAUAAGUGCAGCCUUCUUGUGUAUUGUAUCUUUGUACUGUAGACUAGAGGUGAAGUUGAUCUAGACACAUUUAAGGUACUUUCGAAAAACAUUGUCAGAUGUAAAUGUAAAUCAGUGGCUGAUUUUGAUGUGUUGACAAGAGAUUAUAUCCUACAUUUUUACAGUGUGUAGAUACAGUAUGAGUACACCAAUGGUUUUUGGGUGCAGGGCCUGAAGCUUUAAGACCAAGUAGACUGCAUGUUAAAGGAAGCGUGAGGGAUGCCACCACUUUCCCACAAAGAAGCUGAGAAUGUACAGUACAACACAUUGUGGGAACUUGUCUUAAGAUGGUAGAUAAACGUGUGAGAUUGUACUCCUUGUUCCAAAUUACACAUCAUUCAUUUGGGUAAACCCCCUCCCACCCUACUCCUUUCCCACUUCCCCAAAGCUUUUGUAAUGUUAUUGAUUCUAUUUUAAGAAAAUGUAUUUAUUUUCAAAUAAAAUAUUUAUUUAAAGAAA